AUGGAUUUCGCUAGCAUAUGUGUGAUACUGAGUAUAGAGUUGCUGGUCGCAUGUUUAGUCAUCAGCGCUGAAGAUACCAAGGAAGGACACUGGGGUUCAUGGGGUGCCAUGAGUCCCUGCAGCGUGACCUGUGGGCUAGGCACCACAAGCAUGGAGCGUGUCUGGAUCCCUGGACCUAAUGACCCACCUAGCAAGGAUCCAUAUACUUCCACCCAGACGUUCCCAUGUACCCAUGAGAUCUUCCCGGAUUGCCCGCAGGAUGGGAUCUGGUCAGUGUGGAUGGGAUGGAGCAGGUGCACCAAAGCUUGUGGGAUCGGUCUGAUGAGCAGACAGAGGGAAUGUCGUGGGCAGUUUUUUGGCGGGAAACCCUGCGAGGGCAGUGCUUAUGAGCAAAAAGAAUGUAACGAACAGCCAUGUCCUCCUCUGCCGAAACACUUUAACAUGACGCAGUGCAGAGACUGGCACAACUUCACAUGUAUCAGCCAAAAGAUGUGCGUGCCUGUGACCCAGAAGUGUGACACGGUGGUGCAGUGUCACGACGGCAGUGAUGAGAUCGACUGCUUGGACAUCAGUCUGAUGCGAGGAGGCAACGUUCGCUAUGACCUGAGAAUGUGGAGAAAUG